AUGUCUGAAACAGAAGCUGAAAAGAAUAUUGAAAUUUGGAAGGUUAAGAAGUUAAUCAAGUCUUUGGAAAUGGCCAGAGGUAAUGGUACCUCCAUGAUUUCUUUGGUUAUACCACCAAAAGGUCAAAUUUCAUUGAUCCAAAAAAUGUUAACAGAAGAAUAUGGUACAGCCUCGAACAUUAAGUCAAGAGUCAAUAGAUUGUCUGUCUUAUCAGCAAUUACUUCGACACAACAGAAAUUAAAGUUGUACAACAGUGUCCCAAGAAACGGGUUAGUUGUUUAUUGUGGUGAUGUCAUAACUGAUGAAGGAAAAGAAAAGAAGUUGAACAUAGAUUUUGAACCUUUCAAACCAAUAAACACAUCUCUUUAUUUGUGUGAUAACAAAUUUCACGUUGAAGCUUUGAAUGAAUUGUUGGAAAACGACGACAGGUUUGGUUUCAUUAUUAUGGAUGGUAAUGGUGCGUUGUUCGGUGCUGUCAGUGGUAACACUAGAGAAGUCUUACACAAAUUUACAGUGGAUUUGCCAAAAAAGCAUGGUAGAGGUGGUCAAUCUGCUGUUCGUUUCUCCCGUUUAAGAGAGGAAAAGAGACACAACUAUGUCAGAAAGGUUGCUGAAGUUGCAGUACAAAAUUUCAUUACUGCUGAUAAGGUAAAUGUCAAGGGUUUGAUUUUGGCUGGUUCUGCAGACUUUAAGAACGAAUUGUCAAAAUCUGAUUUGUUUGAUAACAGAUUGCAAGCAAAAGUCAUCAAGAUAGUUGAUAUUUCGUAUGGUGGGGAAAAUGGUUUCAACCAGGCUAUUGAAUUGUCAGCUGAAACUUUGGCUAAUGUCAAAUUUGUUCAAGAGAAGAAAUUAUUAGAAGCAUACUUUGAGGAAAUCAGUCAAGACACUGGGAAAUUCUGUUAUGGUAUAGAAGAUACUUUGAAGGCUUUAGAUUUAGGUUCUUGUGAAAAGAUCAUUGUUUACGAGAAUUUAAACACCAUCAGAUACACAUUAAAAGAUAUUGAGGGAGAAGAAGUUGUUGCACAUGUUAAUCCAGAAUUGCCUGAUAAAUCAUGGCAAUUAGACAAAAAGACAGGAACAGAAAUGGAAAUUAUCAAGGAAGAGUCAUUCUUGGAAUGGUUAGCUGAGAACUAUAAAAAUUAUGGUGCUGAAUUAGAGUUUGUCACCGAUAAAUCAUCUGAAGGUGCCCAAUUCGUACAAGGGUUCGGUGGUAUUGGUGCCAUAUUGAGAUACAAGGUUAAUUUUGAACAAUUGGCAGAUGAAUCAAGUGAAGACGAAUAUUAUGAUGAUGACGAUGACAGUUUUAUUUAG